CUCUGGGUCCCUUUCAUCGGUGACAGGCUCCCCACACCAAACAGUCACCAUUUCCGCCCCCGGGAGACCCACGCUGGCAGCGCAGCCCCUUCCCCGACUCAGCAUCGGGAGGAAGACCCUGGUGGCGGCUGCCGUUGGGGUUAUGCUGGUCCUGGUGCUGGUGGUCCUCAUCCCUGUGCUCGUCAGCUCCGUGGGUACAGAUGCCAGCCACUAUGAGAUGCUGGGCACCUGUCGUAUGGUGUGCGACCCCUACUUGAACAAGGGCACUCCGGCCAGCAGCACCAGCUCCACCGGUCUCCAGGCUGAGGCUGAGGCGUUGAGCGACCACAGCAACGUGCUUCCACCCUCCACCUUGCUGCAAGGCCCACAGGGGAAGCCUGGCAAGCAAGGCAAGCCCGGACCACGUGGACCGCCGGGAGAACCGGGGCCACCAGGACCAGCUGGGCCUCCUGGUGAAAGAGGGGAUCAAGGAAGGACUGGGAUUUUGGGUCUGGGCGAAAAUGGAGCUAUCAGCACAGCCACCUACAGCACGGUGCCUCGGGUGGCCUUCUAUGCAGGGCUUAAGAACCCCCACGAAGGCUAUGAGAUCCUCAAGUUUGACGACGUGGUCACCAACUUGGGCAACAACUACGAUGGUAUUUCGGGCAAGUUCAUCUGCAGCAUACCGGGCACAUACUUCUUCAUCUACCAUGUGCUGAUGAGAGGAGGGGAUGGCACCAGCAUGUGGGCAGACCUCUGCAAGAAUGGCCAGGUUCGUGCCAGCGCCAUCGCCCAAGACGCUGACCAGAACUACGACUACGCCUCCAACAGCGUCAUCCUCCAUCUGGACGCAGGAGACGAGGUCUUCAUCAAACUCGACGGAGGCAAAGCCCACGGAGGCAACAACAACAAGUACAGCACCUUCUCUGGCUUCAUCCUCUACGCAGACUGAGAGCACACACAGACACAGAGAAGGUCAGACAGGAAGAGAUUGAGAGAGAGAGU